AUGAGUACAUCUGAGGAGUUAGACGAGCUGAGACAAACGAACAGAGAUCUGAGAAAUUCGAACAGAGAGCUCCUUAGCGCCAAUCGUACAUUUCAUCAGGAUAAUUUGGGACUUCUUGCGGCCAGUAGAAUGCUUCAAAGCCAGAAUGAUGAAUUCUCGACGUUGAAUAUGGAAUUGACGAAGACGAGAAAGGAAUUGAACAAAGAGAUUGAAGACUUAGAAGCAACCAACCGGCAGCUUACCAAGACCAUCAAGGCACUCGAGGAGACCAAUUCCAGGCUUGAGCAGGAAAUGUACGAUCUCAAGCAUCCGCAACAUUGGAAUUAG